UUGCUAAGGUCUGAGCGCGGUAGGAACUGUUUGAUGUGGGAUGUUUUGACAGCGUUCGCUGGUGUAGGGGGAACAGGAAGACAGCAGCGCCACCGGUUGCGGCCUCCGCCAUGAGUUUUGAGUGGCCCUGGCAAUAUAAUUUCCCUCCUUUCUACACACUACAACCAAACGUUAACACACAGCGCAAGCAACUGGCGGCAUGGUGCUCACUGGUGCUCUCCUAUCUACGCUAUCACAAGCUUUACACUAUUGAUGUUUUGGAGGCCCAAGAAAGCCCACUGUUCAGCAAUAAGAAGAUCCAAAGGAAGUUUCCCUUAGAAGCUAUCCAAGUUGUAUUAGAAGAACUCCGGAAGAAAGGAAACUUAGAAUGGAUUGAUAAAAAUAAAACUCGCUGUCUCAUUAUGUGGAGGAGACCUGAAGAAUGGGGAAAACUUGUGUAUCAGUGGGUUUCAAAGAAUGGCUUGACAAACUCUGUAUUUACAUUUUAUGAACUCUCCAAUGGUGAUGACACUGAAGGUGAAGAGUUCCACGGUUUGGAAGAAUGGCUUCUGGUACGGGCACUGCAAGCUCUACAGUCUGAGCGAAAAGCAGAGAUUAUCACCCUUGCCGACAGUAAAGGGGUCAAGUUCUUCUGAUGCUACUCGUGUUGGUCUGACCUACUGCUGGAGACUCGUACAGAAAUUAAAGCAUUAUCAAUGAAAAUAAAUUCAAGAUCCCAAAAGAAAUUAUAUUGAACUUCAGAUCUUCAGAUAUCACUGUUGCACCAUUGACUUGAUUGUAAUGCACAAUCUGGCUACCUGAAACUGCAAUCUCCUUUUCAUUCUUCAGCUAAGCUUAAAGCGAUUAUGGCGUCAAGUACUGAAUACUCUGUCCUGUUUUCUGUGUUGACAGAAGAAAAAAAAGACUCAAAAAUGCACCAUUACAAGUCAGUACAGGCUCAGAGUUAAGAGAUAAGAAACAAGUCUAUGGUAUAUUGUAAACCCUGCAAUAAUGUUACCUACUUCCUUUAGUUAUGAUUAUGCUGGCUUAAAGACAAAUUAAACUGAUAGCAUGAUGUGCAGAUCCUCCCAAGCUCUUCGUGAUAUAACUCCAAAAAGCCUAUUAGCAUGUUCAGAGAUUAGUUUGUUAAUUUUUCCUUCAGUCCCUGGAUCUAUCUUGAUAAGGCAUUUUCUUACUGUCUAUCAGUUUCUUAAAGCAUUAGACAGUGGAAAACCCUCUGUCAAUAUUGGGUAUCACGUGAGUUUUUAUGACUUCCAGCCUGAGUAAAAAGCAAAUAUUAUAUGAAUGCGAAAUAUCAAUAGCUCCAUUAGGGAAUACAAACCUCAUGAAGAUACAAAAUGAAAUGUGCAAAUUUGAUAGUGCCAUUAUAUCCAGUUUCCAUCCUGGGCCCAGUUGCAUACUCGAGUUAGACAGAGUUAGAAUUUUUUCAGUUAGCUAGAGUACUAAAAAUAUAAAAAAGUGUAUUUCAGCAGCAAAUUUGAAUUCUCAGUUAUUUUAUGAUCAGGUGCACUGUGAUGGCUGAUUUGGGUUGCCACACCUUUUUGAAUCAAUAAACCUUAAAAGUUUGUUUUCAUUUAAAAUCAGUACUGAGAUCAUUAAAUGUAUAUCUAUCUGAAAAAUGUAAUCAAAGUAAAUGUUUUCUUUUUAAUGCUAAUAGUUAUGCUCUGAUUAGCAUGAACAGUCAUUUAUCAUUAGCUGCAAAGAAUUUUCAACCUUUUGUAUUUAUUGUUACUAUUGUUGCUUACUUGAAAUCCUGUCAGUCAAAUGAAAAAUGAAUAUUAUUUGCUGAAUUUAAACAACAUUUUUCCUGUCCCAGAACACACAAGUUAACUAGUUCAAUUCCCCUACUUGAUUAAAGGAGCUUACUUCAGGUGUCAAAUCACCAGAGCUUCCUAGCCAAUAAAUGGGCUUCCAGGUCAAGUGUAGAUUGUAGUUCAUGGUUCGAUCAACUUUAGGGUAUUGUGUUUGGUUUCACUAGAGGAAGGACCAAAACUUUCCUUGGAAUGGUGAACUUGGAGCAAAGGGGUGUUAUCUUCAGAUUUCAGCCAGAAAAGAUCAGAAAGUGCAUUACACAAAGGGAAAUGAAAAUCUGGAACAUUUUCGUAUCUGUUUUCAAGAAUUCUGGAAAUCAACAGAUACUUAUUAAUGAUAGCAAGGAAUAGUAGUUGCUAAAGAAUAAAUAUUAAAAGGAUCAAGCAUGAUCAGAUUGGAAGAAUGCAACUGGUUUAAGGAGUUAACUGGCCUGUAGUGGUGGAUCUUUUUCCAUUUAAUUAGAUUUACAAUAAAUAUGUUUUGUAUUUGUAUCCUAAGUAGGUUUGACAGUUUCUUUUUUGGGAAGACCUAUCUUUAUUCACUUGUGGAAUAUAGAUAUGCUAAUAAGGCCAGUAUUUAUUGCCCAUCCCUAAUUACACUUGCAAAGUUGGUGGUGAAUUACUGUUAAAGCGCUUAUGAGUAAAGAUACUGCUGUGUUACUGUUGACAGGGGAGUUCCAGGAUUUUUGACCCAGUAUUGAUGAAGAAUAGAGAUAAGUUUCCAAGUCGGGAUGGUGUGUGACUUCGGAGGGAAGGAUGCAGGUGCUGGUAUCGCUAUUGUCCUUCUAGGUGUUAGAUGUUCCAGAUUUUGAAAGUGCUGUCAAAGAAGUUUUGCGUUUAAUUUAAUUGAAAGCCUUUUGAACAUGAUGAAAAUGUGUUAGAAGUAUCUACUAAUUAAAGAUGGAUAGAAAAUAUAUGUCAGUUUAUUACAGGUUAUAGAAAAGAAACAGCAACCCUUACUAAUUCAACACGAUGAAAAUAUUGAAAUUUAGUUUCAAGUAGAUUUUUUUUUUCUUGUAAACUGCCUCCCCAAUACAGACUUCGUUUAUAUUGGACUUGUGGUUUAGUUAUUUUAAAAUAAAGCAUUUUUCUUUCAUAUAUGUUA